UCAAAGGUCAGUUCUAAUUUGGGACAGAAAAUAUCUCCAGGAGACGGAGACUGAACUGGAGCUGAGAGACGUCUGAGCUGAGUAAAAACUUUACUGUCUGGAGUGGUACAGAGUACAACAAUCUCCAUCUUUGAUCCUGAAAACAAAAAGAUGGGUGCUGUGGUGAGCAGUCUGGAGGAGCAUGGGAGAAAGAUGCGCGAAAAAGACAUGGAAGACUUUUUGGAACGACUCAACGACGGAAUGGCUCCAGAUCUGAGGGUCGACAAGCGCAUUGUGAUGUUCUCAGGUCUUUGGUCUUCAGACAAUCUGAGAAAACACUACGAGAAGAGGAAAAGGGAGGCGGGUGGCUCCGCUGAGGACUUGAUAAAGACCAUAGCAGGUAAGCUGGGUGAAUAUAUACCAGCUUCUGCACUGGGGGGCCUCGGGCCGCUUGCCAUCGCCGUCCUCAUCGACUUGGCUUCCUUCAGUCCGCCUGAGGAAAGCACCAAGGACGCUCUGCGGAGCGUGUUUGCCGAGGAGAAGGCCUCCGAUGUCUGGGAUCAGAUCGACGAGUGCCUGAAAAGAUGUGUGAUGCACAUCAACAACGACCACGAUCUGGCGACUGACAUCAGACGGAUCGAGUGCCGGCUGAGCGCCGCCAUCACCAAGCUGAAGAACUCCAUGGUGAGGGACGGCCACAUGUCGUCUCUGGCUCUGAAGGCCUGGGUGAACGGGGCAGCCUUCCACAUCCAGAUGCUGAUUCAUCUGGUGAGACUGGGAGGGACUCAAACCUGCGACCCUGUGGAGACACUCCUCUCGACUUACCUGAGAGACCUGGACACGCUGUUCAUCAAGCACAGGGAAAUGGUCGAGGCUAAAUGCAGUAUGAACCCGAUAGUUGUAUAUCAAACACUGGCGGCUAAAAUUCUGAGGGAUGAGGAUUUAAACCUCGGUUAUAAGAUGUCUACUGAUGGCGACUUUGACGAAUACUUUGAGGCUUAUUAUGAUCACAGAUACAACAGGCAGAAGACUGACAUCAAGCGUUACUUUUGCGACGUAAGGGACAACUUGCAGACGCUGGUUGAUCAAAGAGGGUACUUUAAUGUCUAAAAUACCAAAACACAUAAUGUUGCUUACCAAGUAUCUAUAUCACUUGUAUAGUAUUAUUGCUAGCAUAUUUUAUUUACUCAAAAAAUAAAGUCUUGACUUGUUGGUUCAAUAAACAUCUCAACUUCUCUCAGUAUGUUUGAAUAGGACUUGUCUCAGCAUGGUCAGACUAGGACUUGUCUCAGCAUGGUCAGACUAGACUGUAGCAGAAAACACCGUCAAAAUCAAUCAGUGGAUCAAGUUAUUCCAUCAUUUCCUAAUGAAAUAAUUUGUUCAAGUAUGCAUUCUGUUACUGACAUUUCAACUAGAAAUCUGAUUCUAGCAGCAUUACAGCUGUAACAUUUAUUUAAACAAAGAGCUUAAAAGUUGUUUAAAGCACCCAUAUUCUGCUCAUUUUCAGGUUCAUAAUUGUCCUCUAAGGUGUAAAUAGGUUUACAUGGUUUCAUGUUCAAAAAACACCAGAUUUUUGUUGUUCCUCCUUUUUUACCCUGUGUUUAGGUCUCUAUUUUAGCUACAGAGUGAGACAUCUCACUUCCGGGAGACCGCUGUCAAAGUAAAAGCCUUGUUUAUCUACUUUCACUUUUUUGGGUUCUUUCACAAAAAUACAUCUUACAUUUAGAGACCCUGUUUUACUGGUUUACAUAUGUCAUAUGGUUCGUACUAAAUAUCCAUAUUUUGUUUUUCUCAUAAUAUACAGUAUUCUUAAUACGCUGCAUAUAUCUAUAUUCUUACUAAUAGUAUAUAUAGUUUGUUCAUACAUUCAUGUUACAGUCAUCUUUAUUCUGCUCUCAUAAGGUAACUGCUAAUACACUGCAUAUAUUUUACUCUAAACAUCCUCUGUACGCCAACUGUACACUACUGUCUA